AUGGAUCCACUCUGCGUGGACCUUCAUAGAGUCUCUGUUCAGAGUCUCACUGAAUCUUCAACCAAUUGGACCUCCAAAUCCAUCGAUCUGUAUUCAUGCCACCCGCUUGCUGAUACGCCUUUCUCGGUAAACUUGACAAAUAUGUUCAACAAUUUCGAAGAACUCACAUCCAUCAACGUGAUCAACCUGAAACUGCAUGGGCUAUCAAGCCCUUUCGAAAAUCUAUCCACCCUGGAGGAAAUCUACCUUGAUAGAAACCAUCUCAACGAAUUUCCUCGGGAAUUGUUCAGGGGAAUUCCACACUUGACCACGAUUGCUGUGUUUAAUCAGGAGAUCAGGAAUUUAUCCAGGGAUUCAUUCUCGGAAGUUGGAGAUAACCUGCAGAGUCUUCAGCUGCAUAAGAAUCAGAUCGAGUAUAUUGAACCUGGAACUUUUGAUGGCCUCACUCAUCUUGAUGAGUUGAACCUGGAGUUCAAUUUACUGUCGAGCCUACCAGAUGGAAUUUUUAGUGAUCUCAAGAGUCUGGAGGCUCUUUUGCUCAAUGGAAAUUCGAUAACCAGUGACUUCUUUAGUCUUACGAAAGGAUUGCAGAAUUUAUGGCACUGGUCUUUGGAAUAUUCUAGAAAAUCUAAUGGAUCUGAUACGUUUAUUGAGGGCGUGACCUGCAGGGCAGCUUUGCCUAUGAAGAAGGAAGGGUUGCAUCUGUGUGACAUACGAUUUCAGCAUUCUUCUGGCAAUCAGGAGACGAAAUGGGAUGAAGUGAGCAGCAGCGGGCACAUACGGUCCAAGGAUGAUCUAGCUAGGCUUGUAGAUUCUGCCAGAUUCCAACAGCAGAAACAACAUAAACAAUCUGUAAUUCCACUGGAAUAA